UCAUCAUCACCAUCCCCGGGGGUCCGAGGUAAAGGUCCCUACCUCAAACAGAGAGGACCAGACCGCUGAAGGUAAGGGAGCGGGUGUGUCAUCCAACCCGCCCCUGGGAUAGCCGUGAUGGACUGGACGGCCUAAAUUAACUUGACCUUGAACGUUAACAUUGAAAAAUAUCAAAAUGUACACGGAAAAGGUUUUGAGGGGGAUGGGCUAUAAGAUGGAGGCCCUAAUUGGCGAGGGAAGUUACUCCAAAGUCAAACUUGCCCAUUCCGAAAAGCACAACUCCCAGGUGGCCAUAAAAGUUGUGGACCGCAAGAAGGCCCCGCACGAUUUCGUCCACAAGUUUCUCCCAAGAGAGCUGGCUCUGCUGCGGACUGUGAGACAUGACAACAUCGUUCGAGUAUUCGAAUUCAUCGAAGUUUGCAACGGACGCUUAUACAUAGUCAUGGAGGCAGCACAGACCGACCUUCUCCAGAGAGUGCAGGAUACCAACGGCGUGCCAGAUGACCUUGCCAAGUCCAUGUUCUCUCAGAUUGUCAGCGCUGUGAGCUAUUUGCAUAACAACGGGAUCGUGCACCGGGACCUCAAAUGCGAGAACAUCCUUCUGACAGCGGACAACCAGGUCAGGUUGACUGAUUUCGGCUUCGGGAGAUUUGCAGCAGGCCACCCUGACAUGAGCCACACCUAUUGCGGCUCUGCGGCCUACGCGCCUCCGGAGGUUCUCCUAGGUGUGCCCUAUGACCCCAAAAAAUAUGAUGUCUGGAGUUUGGGAGUGAUCCUGUACGUGAUGGUGACUGGAUGCAUGCCUUUCGACGACUCCAACGUCACUGCGUUACCCAUGCUCCAGCGCAAGGAGCUGGUGUACCCAGAUGAUGCGACGGUGUCGGGCUCCAUCCGCGCCUUCAUCUCGCAACUUUUGCAGUUCAGCCCGCCAGCGCGCCCGACCAUCAAAGAGGUUGCCGAGCAGUCUUGGCUUAAACAGCCAUGAGGCAAAGGCGCGAAGAAAAACAGUGGGUAAAUAAAAAAAAGAUCUGCGAAACCGC